AUGGGUUCGUUGCCUGCAGCACGCGUCACUGCCUCGCGCGUGUUCCAGAGGGUAGGCCUCGACUUCGCUGGGCCGGUCUCAGUCAAGAAUAGCCGCAUCAGAAAACCAGUAAUUGGAAAGGGAUACAUAGCUCUGUUCGUAUGUUUCACUACCAAGGCUAUACAUCUUGAGCUCUGUAGUGAUUUAACGACCGAGUGCUUUCUCGCUUGCUUCAAACGCUUCAUAGCGCGUCGUAACCUGCCCAGCGAGGUCUAUUGUGAUAAUGCAUCUACAUUCAAGGGUGCAAGGAAUAAAUUAGCCGAGUUGUAUCGCCUGCAUGCUUCUCAAACCCAUAAACAAACUGUGACCUCAUUCGCAGCUCAAAAGGGCAUACAAUUUCAUUUUAUUCCUAGCUAUAGUCCGGUGUUUGGCGGUAUAUGGGAAAGCGGAGUGAAGAGUGCGAAGCACCACCUUAAACGUGUCGUAGGUAAAAGUCUCCUCACCUAUGAACAGCUUAAUUCCGUGCUUGUUGAGAUAGAGGGCGUACUUAAUGCCCGGCCCAUUACAGCGGUUCUGGUCUACCAUAACCUGUAUGAAGCAAACCUUCUGGAAGUAUUGGAGUAA